UCUUAUUCCCAAACUCUAAGAGAUCCAUUGCUCAGCAUCACUUCUCAAAGAAUUAAGUUCGACAUGGCUAUCCGUUUUCAGAGGAUUAUUCGUGCUAAGCAGUUUCCCCGAUGCAUUCUUCCUUCUCUAGAGACCACAGAUGUGCCUAAAGGCCACUUUCCUGUCUAUGUUGGAGAAACUCAAAAAAAGAGAUUUGUGAUUCCAAUCUCAUACUUGAAGCAUCCUUCAUUCCAGAAAUUACUAAGCCAGGCUGAAGAAGAGUUUGGGUUUGAUCAUCCACAGGGUGGCCUCACAAUCCCAUGCAGAGAAGAAGUGUUCAUCAAUCUAACUUGCAUCAUGGGUUUUCGUUUGCCUGGGAUAUUUACUGCUGAACAGGGUGCAGAGGCCAGAAAUGUGCCAAAAGGCUAUUUGGCUGUUUAUGUGGGAGAAGCCCAGAAGCAGAGGUUCGUGGUUCCAAUCUCAUACUUGAAGAACCCUUCAUUCCAGAAGUUGUUGAGUCAGGCUGAAGAAGAGUUUGGAUUUGAUCAUCCAAUGGGUGGUAUCACAAUCCCAUGUACAGAGGAGGCCUUCAUUGAUGCAAUUACUAGUAGUUUGAACAGCUCAUGA